UUGUUUUUAACAAUGCCAAAACCCCAACAGCUGGAAAAUUCAUUCAAAUGUCCACCGAAAAAAUACUUCCGGUAUGUUGUGCGAGGAGCAAAUUAUUUCCACUGUGCUUCCGAAAACGGCUGCUCUCUACGGAAUCUUAUUGCAUACGCCUAUUUAAAGAAUCAGAAAGCUGAUCGACUAAAUGUUGUAGAGCGCCACGUUCGAAACGCCACAAAACGUUUAGUGACCAAUGGAGUUCUCAAAAGAGGCUUUGGAAACCGACUUUCUACUAAAAUCGUGCCGGAAAGGUCUUCCUCAAAUCAUAUAUCGCCUAAAACCGGCAAAACAUUUCAACUUGCGGCGGUAGCGGGAGUUUCCACCAGGUCUAAACGGAAGAAACGAAACUUCACCACUGCUUUGACGCUCGAGCCGGAUACGGAUGAGCAGUUCAAUCUCGACCCGGAUCGCGGUGGACCGUCCCGUCGAGAACCGGACUCUUCAGGAGGCGAAGAUGACGAAUCGGGUACUUUUCCGCAUCCUGGCGUUCGAACCCUAAGGAGGAAGGGCAGGGGCGUCGUUUUACCAGGAGCAUGUCAACAUUGAGGGGACCCGAAAAAAGACAGUUACUGUAUAAAAACCGGUGUUAUAUUUGAAGCAAAAUCAAGGCAAAUGAUCUAAAUUAGAGGUAUAAAAAUUUUAUUUUGAGAAAACUUCUACAACAUGA